AUGGCCUCCUCACAGAGAUCUACACCACCACGUCCAUGUCUCAGUUUCAUCAUCGGUGUCUUCAUCACUUUACUCCUCAUCCUCCUCAGCUCAGUUUUUAGACCCCAGCAGCAGGAGGACAGACACACCAGAGACGUCCUGGACGCUACAGAAUUCCCGGCAGAGCACAUCGACCCCGCGGCCAUCGACCUCACGCCACUCGUCAAUACGCUCAUAAAUUCAAGCCAAUCAGGUUCUCGUCAGCUCUUCUCUCUCCUCAGUGUGACGUCCUACAGUUCUCUGGCUCUGCACAAACUCACGCUGCUUCUCUACAACAUUUCCAGUGUGAGACGAGUGGAGAGCGACAUGUUCAGAAGAAGAUUCUGUUACUGCGUCACCAACGACACCAACGAUUUAACCGAUUUCACUGCAGUGUUGUUGGACGUGAUCGGAAACUCCACAAGUUUCCACGAGCUUUUUAAAUCUGCCUCCAUAUUAUCAGUGAGUCAGAGGAACUGCUCUGACUGUACGUACAUCUGUGUGAUGGCAGGUCACACACGUGAAGUGUUACCGCAGCUUUGGGGCGUCGACUCCAUGUCUCCACUUUUCAACCAGACGAUUGUUGAAGGACCGCACGGAGACUGGAACCACCCACCUCACAACCUCAGUCACAUGACUGCGUCUGGAGUGAGCGCCUUGUCCAUCAGCAGAGUCCACGACGCCACAGACCACGUUUCGUCCACGUCCAAGGAUGACUCAGCAAAGAUGGCCGCCACACGACUACAAACAACCAUCAGGCCUCAAAGUCAAACCACAGCGGGCGACGCAGAGACGACACAGACGUUACAAACACACAGAGCGACGCUACAUUCAGUGACCGCCGCCAUGUCCAUGACCACCACCUCAACUGAGGUCGUCAUGACGACGGGACGACUGACGACAACCAGCAAGACUGUGGAGUCACCAGGCUGUCCGUGGAGAAAGCCGCAGCUGACGGGAGAGCGGACAUCCAGCAGGGCGGCGACAAUGACAACGGCGGCGAUGAUGGGGACGGUGGGCGUCCACAAGCUGCAGCCGUGUGUCCUGGAGCUCUGCAGCUUCUUCUCUCAGUGUCUCUGCAGACAAGCACAGCAUGGGACAAACACGAGGAGGUUCUGUGACGAGAGCCACGUCUGGUACGAGAAACACACCUCGGAGGUCUGUCGCCGCGUCAGAAGAAUCUCCUUCUCCAGAAAUCUGAAGCAGAGAUGUCUGACAAAGAUGUGCGAUAAACUGUGACCAGAAAGGAAACAAAGACACAAAGAGCUGUUCAUCGUCAUCAUCAUCGUCGUCACAGGGAGUGACUGAAGCUACGUUUACGUGUGUCAUUUUAUUUCAUCAUUUUAUUUCAGGUUUUAGGAUUUUCAUUUAAAAAAAAAAACCCUGAAUGUUGUAAAAAAAAGCAUUUAUGAAGAUCUUAGAAACUUAGUUUCCGAUUUUCUUUC